UGACGGACAUCAGUAUAAAAACUACAUUAACCAGUUUACCUUGCGAAAUUCACUCGUCCGCAUUUUUUCUGGAUGAUGUGCGCAGGAAAAUAGGGCGUUGUGGAUACUCCCUCAUUCAUUCGCAGAGGAAAGUCUCUCUGUUAAGGACGUACAGAAGCGACAUGCAUCCAGGGGAGGGCUAGAAGAGAAGAGGGGGGAAAAGAAAAAGACGUUUUUUUUUUUUUACUUACUUCAGCUGAGUUAAUAGGGCAGAAGUCCCAACACGCAUAGAGAGCAGGCUCUGCAAACACACACACACACGCUCAAGUGACACGCUUCUUGCAUUAACAGAGUUUCAAGGCAGCUUCGGACUAGUUUUUAUCGUUCAUGCGUGCAGCUGACUAGGAGUUUACAUUAAUAACGACCAUACUGAGAUCUUAACUUUUUGACAGCGGCGGGUUAUUUUAGAGGAAACAUGGCCAAAUUAUUCCGUGCUGCUAUCAUGGGUCCACCAGGAUCGGGGAAAGGAACGAUAUCCAAGAGGAUUGCGCAAAGCUUUGGCCUGCAGUACCUGUCCAGUGGCAACUAUUUAAGAGAGGGCAUAGCUGACAAUACAGAGGCUGGGGUGAUGGCAAAGACCUACAUAGAGAGAGGAAUGCUGGUGCCUGACCAUGUGAUGACCAGACUGAUGCUGUCCAAACUGGAACAGCUGAGUGGCCACAGCUGGUUGCUGGACGGUUUUCCCCGGACGCUGGCCCAGGCCCUGGCCCUGAACAAUCUGUAUCAGCUCGACUUAGUCAUCAGCCUCAACAUCCCUUAUGAGACUCUGAAGGAACGACUGAUUGACCGCUGGAUCCAUCCAUCUAGCGGUAGAGUUUACAACAUGGGCUUCAACCCACCCCGAGUGCAGGGUAAGGAUGACGUUACAGGGGACCCACUGAUUCAGCAUGAUGACGACAAACCAGAAGCCCUGAUGGCCAGACUCAGACACUACAAGGAAGUGGCAAAGCCUGUCAUAGACUUGUACAAAUCACAAGGAAUCCUGCACUCAUUUUCUGGUACAGAGACAGACAGGAUUUGGCCAUACAUCAACUCUCUCCUCACCACCAAGAUGCAAACACUGCCAGCAGACACCUGUCAGCAAACACCCUGACAUCGCUUCAACUGAAGAGAUUGCAGUGAGGAAGUGGGUGAUAUCUUUAAUACAGGAUGGAUGAUGGUUUAAAGAAAUGCACUAAUCAGCAUGUUAGUCAGUUUUUCCUUUAAAAUACCUUUUUUUUUUUUUUUUUUUGGAAACCAAAAAUGAAGGGGAAUGGUAUUAAACAUAUGACCAAAUCACUAAAUGUCAUAUGGGAAUAUGAUCCAUAGCACAUUCUUUCUCUUCAACUUAAAUCAGGUUCAUGACAGUUGUAGGAUAGAUUUCAGUUAAGAAAAUUCAAACAAAUUUUAGUCUCACAACCUGCAAAUCGUCCAUUUAAAAUGUUUAAUGAACCAGUUUUUAUUUUUUUUUUGUCAGCUUUGUGAUAACAAAACAAAAACAAAAAAACUAUUUUCACUGUAUUGAUAAUAAUCUUUACUUUGUUACUGGGUUGCAUGCAGUCAUGUUUGGGUGUGUACAAGAAGCCCUUGCAGUCGCUCUGCAGCUUUCUGUGCCUGAGAUGCCUUAAAUGUUGUUACAUUCCUUUUCUCAUGUUGCUUUAGGAGUUUCAUCCACAAAAUGUGAUCUUUUUGUUGGGAUGUUUUUUCAGUUUUGGUUUUAAAUAUGAACAAUAGGUCAUUUUUAGGAUUCUGAUAUUAUCUUACAUAUGUAGUGUUUUUUCUGCAGAUUUGAAUGUACUUUAUAAAUCAGUGAUGCAGAAUGAACUAUUUGUAAAACAUCAGAUUUUUCUAGAAUUUUUUUUAUUAUUGUUGUUAGUGAUUGUUUGAGAUUUAUGAUGACUCACCUAAUAGCUCACCAUUUACCAGCUGAAACUUACCUUCUGUAAUAACUCAGACACACUACCGUGGACCAAUGAGCAGCAAACCAACCAAGAUUGAAUAAAUUUGUAUUGUUUUUCAGCUUUGUGACAAUGUUGGCCUUGCAGUUUUGUAACUUUCUGUGAGUUUUCUUUUGUCACUUUAUUUAGUAAGAAGCCACUAAAUAGAAACAAAUGAGAUGUUGAGGUAUUUUGAAUGUCAUUCUAUAGAUGGAAGGCCAAAGAAAAAUGAAAUGUCAUUUUAUUAGUGUACAAUCUUGCAUCUUAGAUCUAUACUAUGCUUUUGAUCCCCCUUCUGUGGUAUGGUGGUAUGAAAGUUUUAAAAUGUAAGCCUCCAUAUCCUGCUGCUUUUAUGUAACACAGUAACGUUUUUGCCCUGUUCACAUAUCAUGCAAACCAAACAUGUUACAUUUCAAGAACAAUAAAACUUAUUGGACCCAUG